AUGUCUUCCUCUCCAGCUUCCGCCCUCUCUGCUCCGCCGAGAGCAGAUCCUAGAAAAGAGUUGAUGAGCCUGAACUUGAGCAAUGGUGAUGCAACUGAUUUCUACGUAGGAGAUGAAGCAGAGAUGUCCCACUCUGCAACUAAUGCUGCCAGUACCAGAAGCCAUGAAGAUGAGAUCAAAGAGCAUUCCAUGAAUAUUGAGAAGACAACCAAGCGUACCAUGCUGAUGGCAGCGUUGGUCGCCAUCAUGGGUGCCGCUGCUUCAACAAGUUUCAUGUCAUUAGCCAUCACCAACGAGCGAAAAGAGAAGGAAGCCUUGUUCGUAAGAAGAGCCGCAGAUCUGGCCAAAGGUAUUGAUGACAGUUGGCGUGAUUAUGAAAUUGCAGCCCUCUGGAUCCAUGAAUCUUGCCGUGAUUGGAGGACGAGCAACUACACCAGAAAUGAUUUCCGGACGCUGUACGAAUACCUCGAGAGUUCAGGGCUUGACUUUUUUCUUAUGGAAUGGGUGCCCAACAUUUCCCAUGCUGAACGACCUGCGAUUGAAAAUGCCAUGAGAGAUUUCUUUGAAGAGUAUCCCCAAGGAGACAACUACAGAGGUGGAUUCACUGGCAAUGAACCCGUCCCUGGAGAAGAAGGAAAAUUUGACCAGCUCGAGCGAUCAGACCAGCCCUUUUACUUCCCCAUUCACUUCACUGAACCCUGGCAAAACUCAGGUGAUGGCACACAUCUGGAUCUCUGGAGUAUCAUUUAUGAACAGCCAAUCAUUCAAAAGGCAUUGGAGCGAGUGGUUCCUGUCCUCACUCCACGAUUCUACCUGCUUGGUGAGGGUCCCGCAGAUGGAUACUCGGUUGUGCUUUACCAUCCAGGCAAGCCACUCAUAAGUGAACAUGACACUCCUCCCACUGACCUCAGCAACAUCAUUAUUAGGAUCCCUGCACUUUUGACCAGAGCCGCCACUGCACAUGGCGUUAGCAUGGGCACCUACCUGUACGACUCCACUAUCACCACCAUUGAUCCUGAGUUGCCUCCAGAAUUCAUGGGCGGAAUCAACAUUGAGGUCCACUCCUCUACCGUCACGAAUGAAACCACGCAACUUGUGCAAGAACAAGACAACCGGACAUUGUCCAUGAUUCCUGAAAUUCCACUAGCAGAUCUAGAAGUAAAGAGCAAUUCCAAACUGUUCUAUCAGCACAACUUUUUCGUGGGGCAACGCACCUGGACCGUUGUUGUGGUCCCUGUUGACACGUCCUAUGAACCAGGGAUCACGCUGGUCGUGGUCAGUGGUGCCAUGAUCUUUGUGGCUGCACUUUUGCUCUCCAUUUGGAUGAUUCACAACAUGAGACGGUCCAUCAAAAUGCAUAGGAUCUUGUCCGAGGCUGCUGCCGAAGCUGCCAUUGUCUCCAACCUCUUCCCACCCAAUGUUCGAGAACGAAUGAUUCAAGAUGCAAAGAAUCGCAACAAUCAAGUGGGAGUGUCCAGGAAGGAAGAUAUUUUUCUAAAAGAUGGAGAUGGGCAACAUCGAUUGUCUGAAAAGAAACUCAGUAACUAUCUGUCCAGCGAAGGGAUUUUUGGAAGCAAACCAAUCGCUGAGUUGCAUCCAUACACAACGAUCCUCUUUGCGGAUCUUGUGGGCUUCACUGCUUGGUCCUCUGUCCGUGAGCCAUAUCAGGUAUUCACCUUGCUGGAAAUACUGUAUCAUUCCUAUGAUAACAUUGCAGCACGCAGGAGGGUGUUCAAAGUCGAAACUGUGGGUGACUGCUAUGUGGCUGUUUGCGGUCUUCCCGAAGGGCGGAAAGACCAUGCCAUUGUCAUGGCCAGGUUUGCGACGGAUUGCAUGUACCGCAUGCACAAGCUCGUCAAGGCUCUAGAGACUACUUUGGGCCCAGACACAGGAGACUUGGGUCUUAGAGUUGGGCUUCACUCGGGUCAAGUAACAGCUGGAGUCCUAAGAGGAGACAAGGGUCGGUUCCAGUUGUUUGGUGACACAAUGAACACAGCCAGCCGUAUGGAGUCGACCGGACUUCGUAACAAGAUCCAGGUAUCCCAGGAGACUGCUGACCUCCUCACUGCUGCCGGAAGAGGAGACUGGCUGGUUCCGAGAAAAGAUUUGAUCACAGCAAAAGGAAAAGGAACGUUGCAAACCUACUUUCUCAAGAUUCUCUCGAGAUCGCAGGAGGAGGACUCUGAAGAGCUUGCAAAGCGGAAAGCGCAGGGGUCUGUGUUCCUUGUCCCUCAGGACGAGGGCAACCUAAGGGUCGGGGACGAAACUAGAAUGCAACGCCUCGUUGAAUGGAAUGUUGAGGUGCUUAGCCAACUCAUUAAGAGAAUUGUGGCCCGCCGUGCAGCCACAGACGCAGAACGGAAGAACUACAUUGCGGACUUUGGGUCUCAUGGUGAUGCACGGAUGCCACUUGACGAAGUUGUCCCGAUCAUCAAACUCCCCAACCUGGACAGCCGUGCAGUCCAGAAGCAGGUUGAUCCCGAAUGCAUUGAACUGGAUAGCGAUGUUGUGGGUCAGCUCAAAGAUUUGGUGGCAAAGAUUGCCUCCAUGUACCACUCUAAUCCGUUUCACAACUUUGAGCACGCUUCGCACGUUUGCAUGAGUGUCCAGAAGAUGCUCUCUCGUAUUAUCAAUCCAAAGGAAAUCUAUCUGAAGAAGCACCAAGGGGACUAUGAAGACGAAUCCCAAUUGGCAUCUGAGCUGCAUGACCAUACAUUUGGGAUCACUUCAGAUCCUCUAACUCAGUUUGCCUGUGCUUUCUCAGCCUUGAUUCACGAUUUAGAUCAUGGUGGAGUUCCCAACACAGUCCUGAUGAAAGAAGGGAGCCCGCUUGUGCAGAAGUACCACCAAAAGAGCCUUGCUGAACAGAAUUCCAUUGAUUUGGCAUGGGAGCUGCUUGCCGAUCCUAGUUAUGACAAGCUUCUCAAAACGAUCUGCUGCGAUGAGACAGAUUUCAAAAGAUUCCGGGAGUUGGUUGUCAAUUCUGUCUGUGCAACCGAUAUUAUGGACAAGGAGUUAGGUGCGGCACGAAAGGCUCGUUGGGAGCUGGCCUUCAGCGAAGAAGCAAAAGAGGAGCCCAAGGAGGCAACAGUCAACCGCAAGGCUACAAUUGUGAUUGAGCACUUGAUCCAAGCUUCAGAUGUGUCCCACACAAUGCAGCACUGGCACAUCUAUGCCAAAUGGAAUGAGCGGCUGUUUCUUGAGCUCUACAAAGCCUACAAGGCUGGCCGAUUGGACAAAGACCCAAGCAUCGGCUGGGUUGAGGGCGAGAUGGGUUUUUUUGAUUUCUAUAUCAUUCCGCUGGCCAAGAAGCUGUUCAAAUGUGGUGUCUUUGGUGUUAGCAGUGAUGAGUUCUUGAACUAUGCUAGCAUCAAUCGCAAAGAGUGGGAAAAGAAGGGCCCUCAAAUGGUCCAAAAGUACCUGAAGGACUAUGAGGCAGAUUAUGGAGUGACACCUGAACGACGGCUCUCCUAUGACAGUGGUGGUCCCACGGAAGAUGCAUGGGAUGAGAAUUCAACGACAGCAAGCGACAACGAGUAG